AGGUCUUCUACAGGGGCUGAUAGGACAAGGAGACAGAGAUGAAGAAAAAGCUCAUUGCUUUCCUUGGGUUAGUGUAUGUUGCAUGUUCUUGUGCUUUCCCGUUGGUACCAGAAAAAGAAAAGGAAGACAUGCAGUUUGCUAAGAAAUAUCUGGAAAAUUUUUAUGAUUUUAAAGAAGAGAAAAGUUCUCUCUUUAAAUCAAAGAAUCUCAACCACAUGACUGAAAAAAUCCGAGAAAUGCAGUCAUUCUUUGGGCUGGAGGUGACUGGCGAGCUGAAUCGUAAAACACUGGACAUGAUGAAGCAGCCCAGAUGUGGAAUACCAGAUGUCCGUUCAUAUAGCACCUUCCCGCAGAGCCCUAGGUGGAAGAAAGAAGAUGUGACAUAUCGGAUUUUGAACUACACUCCAGACAUGCUACAAGCUGAUGUAGAGGAAGCAAUUGCAAAAGCCUUCCAGCUCUGGAGCAGUGUUACGCCGUUGAGAUUCACCAGGCUCUACAGCGGUCAAGCAGAUAUAAUGAUCUCCUUUGCAUCUGGAUUUCAUGGUGACUUCUAUUCCUUUGAUGGUCCAGGAGGAACUCUAGCUCAUGCCUACCCACCUGGCAAUGGCAUAGGAGGAGAUGCUCACUUUGAUGAAGAUGAAAACUGGACCAAAUUUACUACCUAUAGUGGAUACAACUUAUUUCUCGUUGCUGCUCAUGAGUUGGGCCACUCCCUGGGUCUUGGUCAUUCCAAUGUCUUUGGUGCUUUGAUGUACCCCAUCUAUAUGGCGCAGGAUACAAGGAACUACAGGCUUCCUCAGGAUGAUAUUGAUGGCAUUCAGGCCCUCUAUGGAUCCCCCAGGGAAUCUCCUGCAUUUCCAACAAAAGGUCUUCCCCCACAAGAGCCAACUAAAAUGACACCUGCAGAAUCACCAACUGAAAUGCCACCCCGGAAAGAACCAACAGAAAUGACACCCUCCAAAACACCCAGAAGACCAAAGGACUGCGACCCUGAUUUGACUUUUGAUGCUAUAACCACUCUCCGUGGGGAAACACUGUUCUUCAAAGACAGCUAUGUCUGGCGCAAAAGCCCAUAUUUCUCAGACAUUGAGCAUGACACCAUCUCCUCGUUCUGGCCAUCACUGGCAGCUGGCUUUGAUGCUGCUUAUGAGGUUGACAAGAAGGAUCAAGUGUUAUUUUUUAAAGACAACCAGUAUUGGGCUGUCAGUGGCUACAGUAUAGAGUCAGGAUUCCCCAAACCUAUUCAGAACCUGGGCUUCCCCACCAACAUCAGGAAAAUUGAUGCAGCUGUUCAUGAUCAAAAGACCAAGACAACCUACUUCUUUGUAGGCAACGUGUACUGGAGUUUCAAUGAAAAUACCCAGUCAAUGGAAAGAGGAUAUCCAAGAAAAAUAGCAGCUGAUUUUCCAGGAAUUGGCCACCCGAUUGAUGCUGCCCUUCACAAAAAUGGACUUUUCUACUUUUUUCAUGGCUCAAACCAGUAUGAAGUUGAUAUCAAGAGCAAGAAACUCAUCCGUGUAAUGAAAAGCAACAGCUGGCUUAAUUGCUAGAAAUAUUAAGCAAUUGUGCUGAGCUUUAUUUGUAUCACAAAUGUUUUUUUCAUGUUCCUUGGUUAUAAACAGUGUCAUUCAGCUUUUACCCUGCAUCUAAGUCUGAAAUGAUGGCCUUUGAUAAUUCUAAUUUAAAACUUUAAAACUCAAUGUACAGUUUUAAUUUAUUUUGUUUUCCAACUAUUUAUUAAUCA